AUGGGCAUGCCCGGUGAUCUUCCGCGCUUUCCCYGCUGGUGCAAGGCGACGUAUUCUUGGGGAGGAGAGACGAAGAAGGACUUGGGCUUCAUCGAAGGCGACCUGAUUGAAGCGCUGAAUGCCGGCGAUGGACAGUGGUGGAUGGGCCGUCUGCGACGCGAUCCUCGCGCAAUUGGCCUGUUUCCCUCCAAUUUCGUCCGAGUGCUGGAGGAGUCCUUUACACCCGCGCCGAACACCCGCAAUGGCUCAUCCACACAGCAGUCCUCCAAAUUGGGAGCGACGUCGGUGAGGAACAAGGCCACCUUCCGGAAGCCAUAUCAGGCUUACGAAGAUGCGGGCAAGCGCGAUAGCUCGGGCAGCAUGGGAAAGGAAGGCACGCCGGACGGAGAGGCAGACAAGGUGAAGAAAGAGAAGAGCAAGUUUCGCCCGUAUUCCAGUAUGAAGACUGCUCAGGCGCCGACGGGGACGGUGAAGAGAACUCCCCAAAGUACUGGACCAAGAAUCCCCGAUCCCCCUCCCAGACGAGGCGCAUCACGACGGCCUCGGAGCCCAAUGCCUCCAACGACUGCACAAUCGCGUCUGCUAGUAUCCCCUUCAGCUUCACCCACACCCACGCCGGGUUACAUUCCAUAUCGUGCUCCAUCUCCUCAGCCAAGCUACCGUGCGCCUUCGCCUGCUCCCCCACGAUCGCCGUCUCCGCUGCCAUCUACAUAUCACGAUGGUUCGGCGUAUCCCCAGAUGCUCCCACCAUUACAGCAGCCGUCGCCGCAUCCCUAUCAGCAGCAAGACUACUAUGCAAGAGGGCCCUCACCCGCGCCAUAUGAACCUGCACACUACGAAGAGGAAGACAUGGGCUCUUCGCCGCCUCCUCCGCCGCCGCCUGCUCAUCGCGUGGCAUAUCAGCCAAGUAGAGCGCCGUCAUUGGAGAUGGAUCCUUAUGGAGAUGGAGCAUACUCAAGGAACGGUAGCCACACUCCAAUCCCGCCUUCUCCCGGUGCGGCCAGCCAAAUGACCCCGUCACCUCUGCGCGCCGCCAUGAACGAUGUCAUGUCGUCUUUGGACGAUAUGCAGUCACCAUCAAGAGGUCCACCCUCGGAUGUCUGGUCACCAGAUGAAUUUGAUGUGGUUCGAUCCAAUUCCCAAGCUCAGUAUCGCGCACAAUCGGCAAUGGGCUUCUCCGCUCAUGGUAGCCACAUAGAUCGUGCUCAGUCAUCGUUGGGGUUCGCGACACAGGACCAAUCCCAUGGCUAUGAGCCGAGAAGCAAGACACCGUCAUUACCUUCCUCAAGAAAUGGCCCGACUCGUGUCGGCGACUAUGCAGAUCAUUUGGAGCAGCAACUACGUCAAUUCGCAGAAGAGCCUCCUCAACCACCCCUGAAAGGCACACAAUACGCAAAACGGCCGGAAACCUCGAGCAGUGACUCCAGCAACAGCUCCCCGGGACAUAACACACACUCCCAGCAACAGCAUCCCAAGCUCCGACAUCAGAAAUCUGCAUUCGAGCUGGGACGUGAACGGCUGAAUCGAACAUACACCACCAAGACCAAUGCUACAAACUCCACAGAGAACUCGUCUGCAACGCAGAGUUCUACCGGCACUCAGAUGACCAGCCAUAGCAUCAUGUCGGGGCAGUCUGCGGGUGCUUUCAGUGCGACAAGCGCUGGAAGCCUCGCGAGACGCAAAUUUGGUUUCGGGAGCCAGCACAGAAGAGGCAUCAGUAUGGUUGACACCAAAUCGACAGGCGAUAUGAUUUCCAGCGUACGCAGCACGACGGCUAGCGAUAGUAUCGGGUCCGGACCGAGCUACCAUGAAAGUCAUGCUUCUUAUAAUCAAAGACCGUUCACGCCCACUGCAGACUGGAACCAAGAUCCGAUGGAGUCAGCAGGCGUUUUAGGAGGCCUGAGUUCACCCCAGUCCAAGCGUAGUGGCUUCUUCAAAAGGAUGAUUGACUCUGCCAAGACGACAGCAAGGACCGGAGCGGCAAAUGCAAGGUCUACCAUUGGAAGCAGCACUAGUCGACCGGGUAGCCGCGCAGGAAGUAGAUCUGGCAGUCCCACCAAGUCGAUGAUUGGCGGGAACGGACCAACUUCGAUUGCUGGUGGUACUGCCUUCCGACCUGCCACUGCACCUGGAGGAGGCGCCGCUGCCAUGGGACUUGGUGGAGGCGGCGACUGGAUGCAGGUCCGCCGGGAUGUGAACCGAUCGAAUUCAUUAAGUCAGCGGGAGAGGGACGAGAGAGCAGAGCGUUGCGAGCUGCACGAUCUUCCAGUCCUGCGACCAGUCGAUCUGCUUCUCGAAUUGACCGAGGGUAAUGAAGGCCUAGACGGACUUGCAAUUCACGAGCCAACCGACUUUAACCUGCCGAACCUGGCUUUGGUGGACAAGAGCACUCGGUUUAUACAGAAUGUCCCUCCCAUGGUCAGUGCAAGCUCUUUGGCCCAGACGUAUGUCUGUCGGCCUCACAGAAGUGAUGUGCAACGACUACGAGCAGUGUUUACUUGGGUUGCCGAGCGCAUCACAUGGGAGGACGACUUUGAGGGCCAUAUCGACACAAGACGGGCAAUUCAGACCAAGCGUGGGUGCAGCGAAGAGAUAGCUUUGCUGGUCAGCGAGAUGUGUAUGGCCGUUGGUCUACAUGCGGAGGUGGUGCAGGGAUAUCUCAAGGGACCUGGCGAGAUCCUUGACUUGGACAUUAUCUCCACACCGAAUCAUUUCUGGAAUGCUGUCAUCGUGGAUGGUGAAUGGCGCAUCAUGGACUGCGCUUUGGCCAGCCCGACUCAUCCACGGMGAAGUGCGUACAGCUCUGCCAGUAGUCAGGUCGCCGAGUCCUGGUACUUCCUCGCCCAGCCAAUGGAGAUGUGCUAUACACACAUUCCUCUCCAUCCGGAGCAGCAGCACAUUGUCCCGCCCGUGGAUCCUGAGAUCCUCAUGGCGCUUCCUUGCGCCUGUCCGUCAUUUUUCAGAAACUCUGUGGAAUUGAUCGAUUUCGAUACCAGCAUGCUGCAUCUGGAAAAUCUGGAGAUGGCUCACUUACAUGUCAUGGUGCCAGAAGAUGUCGAGUGUGUGGCUGAAACCGAAGCUCGUGGAUUCGCUCAGGAUGCGGAUGGUGACUUCUUCGAAAGCGGCGACAUGGUCACGAAGAGGGCUUUUACGCAAGCUGAAUGGGUCGGCGGUCGGAAACGUUUCACUAUCAAGGCUUUGCUCCCUGGUGAUGAAGGGCGUGGUGUGCUCAAGAUCUACGCUGGGAAGCGAGGUCUGAUGCACACCAUCAAAGACAACCCGCAUUCCCUCGCCCUGACCAUGCCGCUCUCCCACGCUGGACAGAACCCACCAUAUGAUUUCGCCACGAGGCAUCCGACUCCGCACGCACAGCGACAUGAUUUGUACAUCGCUCAGCCGMAAUGCGCACGCUUGACCGUAAACAACACCUUUGUAUUUUCCGUCCGCCAACACCCUUCCUCGCUCUCGCGCUUCACGCCUGAUACAUGGGGAGGAGCGAGCAACGGCCGGCCUCCGAGUCCAAACCCCAUGAUGAGACCGACCAGCGCCAUGAGUAUGGUCUCAUUCUCCGCUUCCCAGAGUGGGAGCCAGUACUCCGAGGGAUCGUCCAACUCUGGCCAGGGGAUGACAUCUGCUCAGCAGAAACCUGCCAAGUUGGCAAUACAGAGUCCCAGUCAGAAGAUCAUCCGCUUGACAAGGAAGCAGGAGCAUACUAGUAAGAAUGUUGAAGAGGACGGGGGACUGACGACCGCUUGGGAGACGGUGAUCAAGAUAGGGGAGAGGGGGAUGUGGAGGGGACUUGUGCUUGCUGAUCGGAGUGCGAGAUGGUGUGUCUUUGCGGAGUGGGAGUGUGUGUGA